CAGAGCUGCUGCUGCUACGGGCUCUCUGGCUGUAGGAGUGUUCAGAUACUAAUUGGGUCAUAAAUAAGUUAAUUCAAUUCAAAUUUAAAGGAAGUUAAGGGACUGGUGAUUCACCUUCCAGGCAGGACAUCUAGUCUCCAUUUACUGCGAAUCUUCUUAUAUAUCUGUCGUGAUCUACUCUGCAUCAUCAGCCAUGGUCCUGGAGGAUAACGAGUGUGACUCUGUCUUUGGAGUCCAGGUCACUGAAGAGCACGUAGAGACUCAGUAUGGAAACGUCCACUGCAUCAUGACGGGGACUCCGAAGGCAAACCGGCCCAUCAUCCUCACAUUUCAUGAUGUCGGGCUGAACCACAAGUCCUGCUUUGAGCCCCUGUUCAACCACCAGGACAUGCAUGAGAUCACCAGACAUUUCCCCGUCUGUCACGUCGAAGCACCAGGACAACAUGAGGCAGCUAAAACUCUGCCUACUGGGUAUACCUAUCCUACCAUGGACCAGCUGUCUGAAGCUCUGCCAGCUGUCCUCAAACACUUUGAUCUGCGCACUGUGAUUGGCGUGGGAGUUGGAGCGGGAGCCUACAUCAUGGCCAAAUUUGCACUGAAUCACCCUGAUUUGGUGGAUGGACUGGUUCUAAUCAACAUCAACCCCAAUGCCGAGGGACUCAUGGAUUCUGUUGCUAACAAGAUCACUGAAUGGACCCACACUCUCCCAGACACAGUCAUCACGCACUUGUUUGGAAAGGAAGAGAUCCAGACCAACCAUGACCUCAUAGCUACGUACCGUCACCACAUCAACACAACCAUGAACCAGUCCAACCUCAGUCAGUUUCUCCACUCCUACAACCAGCGCAGUCCUCUGGACGUGGAGAGGCCUGUUCCUGGAGGAAACAUCAAUGUCAGAACCCUCAAGUGCUCCACUCUGCUGGUUGUAGGAGAUAAUUCUCCGGCCGUGGAGGCUGUGGUCGACUGCAACUCCAAACUCAACCCCACCAAGACCACUCUGCUCAAGAUGGGGGACUGUGGAGGCCUGCCUCAGGUGGACCAGCCAGCCAGAGUGAUUGAAGCCUUUAAAUAUUUCGUCCAGGGCAUGGGAUACUUGUCCAGCGCCAGCAUGACCAGGCUUCGCUCACGGACAACCUCCAGCUCCAGCAUUUCGUCCUUCGACGGCCUCCGGAGCCGCGCACACACCAACGAGCUGCAGCGUGGCCGAACACAGUCACACGGCGCGGAGGAGAAGCGCGGACGCUCGCACACCGACAUCUCCAUGGAGAGCGUUUCCAGCGUCCACAAAAGCAUCUUGAAGUCCGCUGAAGUGACCUGCUAGAGCGCAGGCUCGUCUGAAUCAAAUGCACUUAAAUGAAAUUAUACCUCAUCAUAUCUAUCAGGCUGUAGCCUACAUUCUGUCUUUAUGUUCCUUUUCCUCUCUCAUCUCUUCAUUUGAUGAUGCCCUUUCAUCUGCACUAUCUCCAGAAGCAGGUCACACUUAUAUGUGACUUUUCUCCAUUCCUCUCUGUUUCUUCCCUCCCUCUAUGUCCUGCCACGUCUCCUCAUCAGCCUCCCUUUUCUCUGUAUCAUGCACUGAACUCCUUUUAGGUCUCUCUUUCUCUGUGGAUCCUUCUUUACUACAAGUUUCUUUCUCCUUCUUGUACCAGAGAUUAUCCUGCAGUUUUCCCGCAUUUAUCAUAAUAUACAGUAUAUAAAGAAGCCAUAAAAGCGUAUAUGUAUUCUUUGAAAGUGGAAGCUAUAAUUUUUUUUAUGUAAAACUCAGAUGUGUAUUAAUAAAUGUAUAAUAGAGAUGUUGAAAAUAAAGUGAUAUAGAAGCACAAUUUCAUGUCCACAACUGUAUGAAUGUGUAUUGACUAUAUACAACUAUGACAGCAGUAUAUUAAUAACCGUAAGGGUGUGUUAUGGAUGUUCAUUAUACUUCCUUCCUAUGUAAAAUGGGGUUAUAAUAUUACUGCUGUAUUGUGUUUUACAUUCAACGUAACUAUUAAAGCACCCUGAGUAAUUAUUUCUUGUGUUGCUGU